CUCCCGUAGCGUUCGCGUCAUCGCGGGGCGGCGGCGGCGCGGCGGGAGCGGCCCCGGAAAAUGCUGAGAAGCCUGAAAGGACUCGUGUGCCAUUCCCUGAAGCUGGACCGUGGCUGUGCCCUCCACACGGCAGCCAGGGGUGGCCUGAGCUCUGUGUCCAGCCAGGAUGUCCCAGCACAAAGGCCCCGAGCAAUUUUCCACACCAGCGAGAGCGACCCGGCCAAGCACACGGAGCAGCACGAGGGUCGUCUGUACAACAUCCCCCUGGAGGAGGUGAAGGCUGUGUUCCCCCAUGGGCUGCCCCAUCGUUUCCAGCAGCAGAUCCAGACCUUCAACGAGGCACGGGUGAUGGUGCGGAAGCCGGCGCUCGAGAUCCUCGCUUACCUGAAGGGCUCCAACUUUGCCCACCCUGCUGUCAGAUACGUGAUCUAUGGUGAGAGAGGAACAGGGAAGACCAUGACCCUGUGCCACGUGGUUCACUACUGCUCGAGGCAGGGCUGGCUGGUGCUGCACGUCCCGGAUGCUCACCUCUGGGUGAAGAACUGCAAGGAGCUUUUUCAGUCUUCCUACAACAAAGACCGGCUGGAUCAGCCUCUGCAGGCCUCUGUCUGGCUCAAGAACUUCAAAACCUCCAAUGAACGUUUCCUGCAAGAGAUAAAAACACAAAAAAAAUACAUGUGGGGCAAAAGAGAAAUCACAGAGGAGGGCAGACCUUUGAGGGAAGUGGUGGAGCAGGGUCUGGCUCGGGUCAGGAGCGCCACUGAUGCCGUGGGGGUGGUGCUGAGGGAGAUCAAGCAGCAGAGUCACCGCGGCUCCUUCCGGCUCCUGGUGGCCGUGGACGGCGUCAACGCGCUCUGGGGACGGACCACGCUGAGCAAGGAGGACAAGAGCCCCGUUUCUCCAGAGGAGCUGACGCUCGUGCACAACCUGCGGAAGAUGGUGACGAACGACUGGAGUGGAGGUGCCAUCGUGACCACCCUCAGCCAGACGGGCUCGCUCUUCAAACCCAGCUCAGCCUACACUCCCCAGGAGCUGCUGGGAAAGGAGGGCUUCGAUGCCUUGGACCCCUUUGUGCCCAUCCCAGUCCCAAAUUACAGCCCGAGGGAGUUCGAGAGCUGCUACGGCUACUACCUGGAGCGCAAGUGGCUGCAGCACGAGAAAGCGCACACGGAGGACGGCAAGGCGGAGCUGCAGUUCCUGAGCGGCUCCAACCCGCGGCAGCUGGACCGGCUGGCGGGACCCCUAUAGCGCAAUAAAGGCUCCGUUCCGCCGG